AUGUAUUACGGUGUUGUUAAUAUAUAUAGGAGUAGUAGUAGUAGCAUCAAUAGUAGUAGUAAUAGGAUGUUCGACCCAACACCAACAGAAUCACCAAGUCCAACACCUAUACCAGUUACAGGUGGAUUCCAUUUUAGUUAUAUAUUGGGUCACAAGAACCUCAUGCCCAAGACAAUCUUCCAUGCGAUCAUUGCCCUUGCAAUGUUAGUUAGAAGUAUAUUCUUCUUUGUACAGCCAUCAAUACCGAAUGACGCAUUGAUCGUUAUAAUAUGGUAUAAUAUAUCAACGAUAUUGUUGUUCUUGGCAUAUGGAUGUUUGUUGUUGUUCUGGAUAGAACUGUACACGCGAUUCUCAAAGCCAUAUAUGACAUCGAGAGACUUUUGGCGCAAGUGGAUGCCCUUCAUUGCUGGCUUCAACGCGCUGCUCGUCGCACUGACGGUCACGUGGAUCUUGGUGCUGGCGCUGUGGGCCAAAUCCAACAAGGACAGACUGAACAUCACCGAGCAGAUAUCGGAAGGUUUUGUCAGCGCGCUGUUCCUGCUGGCCGGCCUCGGCUUCUUCAUCUUUGGCUUCCUGCUGUUCUGGUCGUUCAAGCGAUUGGGCACGUUUGCAGGCGACACGAUGGGCCCCAAAACACCGAUGCUGAUGAGCCAGCAGUCGAGCGCGCCGCCCGAGGCCAUACGCGCGGCUGUUGUCGGAACGGUGUGCACGAUAUGCUUCUGCAUCCGCUCGUCGGUGAUGAUGUACUCGAUCCGCGAGGCUGCCGUCGAUCCGAGCGUUGCCACGACGGGCAACUUCCAGUUCACGUGGGGCUUCGAGCUGGUGUACUUCUUUGUCACGGAGAUCCUGCCCACGAUGAUGAUGCUCUUUAGAAUGCGCAAGAUGAAGCGUCGGAAGACCGUGGACAUCAACCGCUUCCCGUCCAACCAGGCGGCCAUCUUUGUACAUAGUUCCAACAACUCGCAAUCCUCCGAAUCAUCCAACCAUGACGACUCCUCACACUCCUCGCACGACUCUGAAUCACCUCUCGACCAGAGGGAACACUUCUCGACAAACUAA